AUGUGGAGAGGCGAUGAUUCCCCUUACAGUUCCGAAUGGUCAUCCAAACCGUCCAAUUUGCCACCUCCACCUGCAUCGAGUAAGGAGACCGGAUCAUCGUCCCCAAAGGGACGACUUUGCCGUCAAUUUACAAUUGAUGAGAUUCGAUCCGCCACCCAAAAUUUCAAAGAAAGCUUGCUCAUAGGGUCAGGUGGAUUCGGGAAGUUGUACAAAGGCACAAUCAAGAAUGGAACAACAACCAGUAUUGUGGCUGUUAAGCAGUGGAACCACGUUUUUAAUCAAGGCUCCCAAGAGUUUCAGGCUGAAGUUCAAUUAGUUUCUAUGUUGCGACACCCUAACAUAGUGUGUUUGAUUGGAUAUUGUACCGAUGACAAAGAGAUGAUCCUUGUUUACGAAUAUAUGUCCAAUGGAAGCCUUGAAGAGCACCUACACAAGCACAAUACUCAAUUAUCUUGGUCGCAAAGGCUUCAGAUAUGUAUUGAUGUUGCACGUGCAUUACAAUACCUCCACAGUGGUAGUGGGCAAGAGGUCAUACACGGCAAUCUGACAAGCUCAGAUAUUUUGUUAGAUAACCAGUGGGGAGCCAAAAUCACAGACUUUGGAUUGUCUAAAAUAAUCUCUUUCGAUGACUGCUCUACCCAUGUUAGUACUGCUGUUUCUGCCUUUUCAGGCACACUUGGGGAUAUUGAUCCAGAAUAUAUGGCAACAGGCAGACUAAGCAAGAAGUCUGAUGUGUAUUCCUUUGGAGUGGUUUUAUUGGAAGUGCUAUGCAGGAGGCGUGUAGUUGAUACAAGUCUUAAAAAGGAACAGCAAGGACUGGUGAGAUGGGCUCAAGACUGUGUGAGAAGAGGGAAACUAAAGCAGAUCAUAGAUCCAAAGUUGAAGGGGCACAUUUUACAUACGUGCUUGAAUGAUUAUGUGAAAAUAGUGGAAGAGUGUUUGCGUGAAAGUCAAAAUCAACGUGUUACAAUGGAUGAGGUUGUUUCUGGUCUUGAGUCUAUAUUGGCAUUACAAGAGAGAAGUGAUCAUAAUUCUAUUCCCCAAAUGGGUAUAACCACAUCUGAUUGGAGGUUGGAUAAGCAAUUCUCCCAUGGACAAAGAAACUCUGGGGGAAGCUACUUUAGCAAGGUGACAAGGCUUUUGUCUGCCAAAUCCCUUUUGCAUAAGGGAGAUCAUGGUCACAUAUCCAAACAGACCAAUUCGCCACCUCUGUCUGCAUCUAGUAAGGAGACCGGAUUAUUGUUUCCAAAGGGAGAAACUUGCCGGAGAUUUACAAUUUCUCAGAUUCGAUCCGCCACACAAGACUUCAACGAAAGCUUGGUGAUAGGGAAAGGUGGAUUCGGCAGUGUGUACAAAGGCACAAUCAAGAAUGGAACAACAACAACAACUACUGUGGCUGUUAAGAGGUGGAAGUCCACCUCAUCCCAAGGUGUCCAAGAGUUUGAGACUGAAGUUUAUUUACUUCCUUUGUUGCGACACCCUAACAUAGUGUGUUUGAUUGGAUAUUGUACCGAUGCCAAAGAGAUGAUCCUUGUUUACGAAUAUAUGUCCAAUGGAAGCCUUGGAGACCAUCUAAACAAGCGGAGCACUCCUUUAUCUUGGUCACAAAGGCUCAAAAUAUGUCUUGAGGUUGCACGUGCAUUAGUAUACCUCCACAAUGGGAGUAGUGGGCAAGAGGUCAUAUACAACAAUGUGAAGAGCUCAGAUAUUUUGUUAGAUAACCAGUGGGUAGCAAAAAUCGCAGACUUUGGAUUGUCUUUAAUAAUCCCUAUUGAUAACUACUCUACCCAUGUUAGUACUGCCGUUGUAGGCACACUUGGGUAUUUUGAUCCAGAAUAUAUGGUAACUGGCAGACUUAGUAAGAAGUCUGAUGUGUAUUCCUUUGGAGUGGUUCUACUGGAAGUGCUAUGCAGGAGGCGUGCAAUCGAUUUAAGUCUUGAUCAGGAACAAGUAGAAUUGGUGAGAUGGGCUCAAGACUGUUUGAGACUAGGGAAACUAGAGCAGAUCAUUGAUCCAGAUUUGAAGGGACACAUUUCACUUAAAUGCUUAAAUGAUUAUGUAAGAAUAGUGGAAUGCUGUUUGCGUGAUCGUCAAGAGCCACGUAUUACAAUGGCUGAGGUUCUUUUUGGUCUUGAGUCUAUAAUGGCAUUACAUGAGAGAACUGAUCAUAAUUCAAUUCACAAAAUGGUUAUAAUAACUACAUCUGAUUGGAGGUUGCAGAAGUAUUUUUUUUCAUCCGGAGUGAACUCUGGGGAAAGCUACUUUAGAGAGGUCAGAGAGCCGGAAAAGGAUUUUAAUGUUAUAUGGAAACCAUAUGAAAUGACUCCAAUGAGAAGUAUCCGGUUCUCUGGUGAGGAUUCUGAUCAAGCUAGUGAGCCAGACGAUGAAGUCAUUGUUCAAGAGUUGUCAUCUGGAGAAGAAACCAUGAAGUCGUUGUAUGAAUUGAUGCAGUUAGAGUAUAUACAACGAGCUGGUAGAUUGAUGACGAUGACUGACUUUUUACACCUCAUCUGGUUUUACCCUAUGAAAAAAGAAGCGGAGGUCAACUUUGGGUCUCUUUUAGACAAGUUUUCCUCAUUUAAUAAGUAUAUUAGAAAGUUACAAGACUCUUCAAGGGAUGAAGGCUACCUGUUGGAGAUUCAAAAACUUCUUCAAGACAUCGAAGAAGAUUUAGAUGAUGCUGCUUUUGAUAUGGUGGCCUAUUUACCAGAAGGCUUGCAAGUUCCUUUAGCAAGUUUUUGGUCAGGUAUACCAGAAGUCCAUGCGAGUGCAAUUUCUUCAGCCACUCAACAAGCUAUAAGUUGUAUAAAAGAUUUGAAAGUCAAGAAGCUUGGAACUGCAGGAAGUGGUGCUCUUGAAAUAGCUGAAAUAUUAAAGGAUUUGCCAGAGUUAAGAAGAGCCUUUGAUAUGGUGUUGUGUGUACAUGUAAAACAUGAUAGCAUCGAAGAGCUUAUGAAUGACAUAGAAGAAGAGAUACAUCUGUGGAGGAAAAGAAGUUUGGAAACUGGUAGUAAAAUAAACGUUCUCAAUAAGUUCCCAAACUGCUUGUUAUUCGUAGAUUGCAGUGACACUUAUAUCGAUUUGCAUGACCCUGAGUUCAAUCUUUCCAAAUGGUUUGGAACAGUGCAGAUAGUGAUUACAAGUGGAUCAAAAAAUGCUUAUUGCCCGGUGGAUAUAGAGAUCAGAGUUGAGGAUCAUCUUCUACCCUGGAUAUUAUUCUCUACAAAUGUUGACCUAGAAACAGUGGGCAAGUACUCUGAAAUUCAACAAAUGGCAGCACAAUUAAUCGAAAAGUGCAAUGGCCAUUUACUUGCCAUCAUUUUACUUGCAAGGGCUUUGAGAGGCGUGGUUGAUGUUGGUGUAUGGGUACUUGCAUUACACGAAUUAUCCUCACUCGAGAACCCUUCUUCAUCAUCAUCCUCACUAGAGAAGCCUUCUUCAUCUUCAUCAUCACAGAUGGGUGUCACAAAUGAUGUCAUGGUGAGGGUAUUAAGAUUCAUUUGGUCUCGCAUGGAAUCCUUGUCUCAGAGGUGCAUCGUACAAUUCGCAUCACACUACAUAGGAUCCAAAAUAAAAAAGUCUUCUUUGAUUAACAGUUGGACUAAAGAUGGCCUGGUAAAAGGCGAACAAGAAGCAGAAUCUGUCUUUGAAGAUGUUAUACGGUCUUUCCUUAUAGAGCAAGUAGGGGGAAAUUGUGUUAGAAUGAGAAAUGAGAUUCGAGUUAUUUUAGUUUCUUAUUUUGUAGAGUCUCUACCUCGUGGAUAUGGACAUUAUCCUAAACAAGAUGGUUCAGAACCAAACAAAAUGUCAAACAUUGAAGAGUCGGACGCCUGGGAAAUCCAUUUAAGUAAUAACAUAAUAUCCGAGCUUCCAAAUAACCCCAACUGCCCCCUUCUUGUGAAUUUGUUCUUGCACUUCAAUCAAGAUCUGACUGAUAUUCCUGUCACAUUCUUCGAUAACAUGCCGAGCCUCCAAGUUCUAGAUUUGUCCAGCACGAGCAUAAAAUGUUUGCCAUCUUCCAUUUCUAAGUUGACAGCUCUUGGGAAAUUAUUCAUAAGAGACUGUGAUCUUUUGAUGGAACUACCACCUGAAAUUGGAGCCCUUAAGAAUCUCAAGGUAUUUGAUUCAGAAGGAACACAACUUGUAUGCUUACCAGAGCAAUUUGGGUUGCUAACCAAGUUGGAAUGCUUGAAGUUUUCUUUGUACAAACAAAGCAACCAAAGUAUGCAAAUAAUUCUUGCAGCAGUUUUAUCAAAGCUCCUACGGCUAGGGGAACUAAGCAUUUGUGUGGAUCUGUAUGGUGAACGGUGGGAAGAUGAGAACUUCUGA